AUUAGACCAAAGCUAAUUAUUUCAUAACUGUUAUCCAAUUUUGAAUGUCUUUCUCUAUAUUGUUUUCUUUAUUACCUCUUAGCAUGAAGGUUAUAAAUAUUAUAAUGAAGGGUUGAAAUCUUUUUGAAUACAAGCCUACAGAGCAGUUGUCAGAAACCAUAGAGCAUUUUUGGAUUAACGACAGAUUCCUUUUUGUGUAAUAUUUUACAGAACUUUUAAAUAUAUGUUUGUAACUUAACCAUGCCGCAACCAGACAUCACGAAUCCCGACUAUAUCAAGUUCUUCAUAGAGAGCUGUGAGAAGACAGCGAGACUCCGGCAGAAAUGGAAUACCAUACACCAGAAGCAACUUCAGCAGGCUGCCGUUCUUACGCGACCUGAUAAAAACCUUACUGACAUCGACGUUAUUAAACAAAAUAUGAUUGGCGGAUUAGCUGCGACCACACGCGACUUCGUAUCAUCAGGAUAUAAUCGACGCCGCACACCUAUCCACGACGCCAAAACCAUCCCCGGCAUAGAAUCUUUGAUGAAAGAACACUCAAUACCGGCCAUAGGGCUCGGAGAUCCGAAAGAAGAUCCGAGACUCGGCCGGCCAGACACGGAUCUCAGUCCGGAUCCGAUUAUGAAGCCGGUCGAUCCGGCGCAUACGGAGAUUCUUUUUAAACCGAAACCAUUCUAUGGGCGAUUGGUUUAUAUUAAGAAUCGGAACAAGAUUAAGCCAGAGGACAGAUAUUACUUCGCCGAAAAAAGCGGCUGGGACUACGGCUGGCGUCUCAAAGACACGCCAUUCGGCCGCGUCGGCGCGCCGCAGAACGGGAAGGUGUACCGGCUGUUCCGCGACCAGAUGAGCCGCGUCGGACCCCAGCCGGACCCGUACUAUUAUAAGGAGCCGGUGAAAAGUAUGACGGGACCUUGCGAUGCUUAAAGCAAGUACCUAAAUUGUUUUGUUUUCGAAUUUUUACUGUGUUUCUGUUAUAAAUAUAGUCUGGUUUAGGAUAAUCUUUUUUAAAUUUAAUGUAAUCCCUGAGUCAAAAGUAGAUCUCUGAGGAAGAAGAGCUAACGAAACAAAAAACAAUACAAUAGAUACCUAUUAAAGUCAUUGAACUGUCCUGAUGGCACCUUUUAGCAGUCAUUAGAAUUCUACUUAUGGAAUAACAAUACGAUCCCAUCAAGUUUAAUUAUACUAAUUACAAUUAUUGUGGGUGUGUUGACAAAUAGGUAAAAGCCGCUUUAUAUGACCGAAGCGAUAUAGACUGCGUUUUUAUUAAAUUUAAUUAUAUUAAUUCCUAUUAUUGUACCGAGCCAAUAUAGACUAGACAAAGAAGAGCUUUAUGAUCCGGACAAAAAACUACCUACAAUUUUAGAAGAUUUCAAAAUCGAGAAGACAACGAAAAAAAACCGUAGCUGUUUUUUUUACUUUUGAGUUGUAUGAAUUAUAGAGCAAAGACAAUGACUCAUUGAUAAAAAAGGCAUUCACGCCAUAAAUAUAGCCACCUACUUAGUAUGUUGUGUUGUGGUACGCGUGGAAUACGAAAUUUGUCGGGCAUUGUUGUCGACCCGACGUGUGAGAGCGUCUCGUGGCAACAAUACUCUUUCUUGGGUAUUUUUAUUGAUUUUACCUAUCUACGUACAUCCGGAGGUUUCAUCCGAGACCCUU